AUGAAAGAUUCACAAGGCACAUCUGAGCCAUGCUCUAUUCUGAAGUCAUUUUCCAAUAAAGUAGGAGUCUUAUUCUGCUGCCAUAGUUUGCCAAACACUUAUAAGAGACUAGAUACUGAGCUUGAAAGGAAAAUGAUAGAGAUUAAGAGAAAUUCUUCAGGGAAUAAAAAUUUCAGAUCAAUUGAUAGCAUAAUCCUGAAAUUUCCUCAGAUCAGAGAUGGAUUGAAAGAGAUCAGAGGUGUAUUCGAAAAGUUUGACGAGGAUUCAAAUGGAACUAUUGACCACGAAGAACUCAAGAAAUGCUUGCAAAAGUUACAGUUUCGUGUCAGAGAGGAAGAGAUCGACGAUCUUUUCUAUUACUGCGACAUGAAUGAAAAUGAAGGGAUACAAUUCAACGAGUUCAUUGUUCUUCUUUGUCUAAUUUAUCUUCUCAAGGAUUGUUCAUCCUCGACAUUGAAGAUGGAAUUGCCACAAAUUGAUGCCACCUUUAAUACAACAAUUGAAGUAUUCUUGUUUCUUGACAAAAAUGGUGAAGGAAAGCUGAAAAAGAAAGAUGUGGUCAAGGCAUUAAACGAGGCUUCUCCUCGGGAGAAAUCUCCUUCUCACGUCACGAGGGAUCGAUUUAAAGAAAUGGACUUGGACAGGAAUGGAAAAAUAAGCUUCAGGGAAUUUCUAUUUGCAUUCAUUAAAUGGGUCGGGAUCGAUUCUGAUAAUGAUGAACCUGAGAUACAAAAUUAA